CUUAUAACUUUCCAGAGCACUUACAAAUUUAGAUGAAGUUUAGACACUGGUCAUCAUAUAUUACCUUCAGAUUAGCGUAAAUGGCAUGAUUAUUUGAAUUGGUAAGAUCACAAACUUGUCCUAAUGGCACAUUAAACAAUUGUAAUUUUCAGUGCCUUCUCUCUAUAUAAACUCAUACCGUAAUUCAUCUUCUUCACAUCAAAUCACCUCAAAACAACAUAGUGGAAGAUAAAGGAGGAAGACAAAAACAUGAAGAAGCAAGUUUGCUCCAGCAUCCUUCUCAUUAGCCAUCUCUUUCUUGCGAUAAGCAGUGCAGAGUCUCAGACCUGCAGACCCAGUGGCAAGAUAAGAGGCAGAAAGCCUCCUCCAGGACAAUGCAACCAAGAAAAUGACUCAUAUUGCUGUGUCGAUGGCAAGCUUUACACAACUUACAAAUGUUCACCACCAGUGAGCAGCCACACAAAAGCAAAACUAACAGUAAACAGUUUUGCAGCCGGUGGUGAUGGCGGUGGGCCAUCGGAGUGUGACAAUCAAUACCAUUCAGAUAAUGAGCUAGUGGUAGCACUUUCCACAGGAUGGUUUGACAACAAGAGUAGGUGCUUGAACUAUAUUACUAUCCAUGGAAAUGGAAAAAGCGUCAAGGCCAAAGUAGUUGAUGAAUGUGACUCAACCAUGGGAUGUGAUUCUGAACAUGAUUACCAGCCUCCUCGCCCUAGCAAUAUUGUGGAUGCCUCUAAAGCUGUGUGGAACGCCUUGGGAGUGUCUGAUCCUGAUGAUGUGGGAGAAAUGGAUAUUUACUGGUCUGAUGCUUGA